AUGUCAUCUUUCAAUACCCAAAAUAAAAAUGUAUUACAAACACCAAUACCAGCACCAACACCACAAUCACAAUUGAAACAAUUUGUUAUUGGUGGUUUGGCAGGUAUGCUUUCAUCAGCAUUCACUCAUCCAAUUGAUUCUUUGAAAGUUAGAAUGCAAUUACAAGGUGAAGGAACAGGUGUUGGCCCAAAAAGAGGAGCAUUAAAAAUGCUUGUACAUAUUAAUCAAACUGAAGGUUUUUUCACAUUAUAUAAAGGUUUAUCAGCAUCAUUAUUAAGACAAGCUACCUAUACAACAACUAGAUUCGGUUUAUAUGAUCUUAUAAAAGACAUUGUGGCAAAAGAUGAUAAACCACUUCCAUUUACACAAAAAAUUAUGGUUGGUAUGCUUUCAGGAGCAGGCGGAGCUAUUGUUGGUACACCAGCUGAUCUUACUAUGGUUAGAAUGCAAGCAGAUGGUAAAUUACCAUUUAAUUUAAGAAGAAACUAUAAAAAUGUAUUUGAUGGAAUUUUUAGAAUAUCAAAAGAAGAAGGUAUCAUUUCAUUAUGGAAAGGUUGUAGCCCAAAUUUAAUUAGAGCAAUGUUUAUGACAGCUGGUCAAGUUUCAUCAUAUGAUCAAACCAAACAAUUAAUGUUAGCAAGUGGUUAUUUCCAUGAUGAUAUUAAAACUCAUUUAAUUGCAAGUACAACUGCAGCAUUUGUAGCAGCAGUUGCAACAAGUCCAUUGGAUGUAAUAAAAACAAGAAUUAUGAAUUCACCAAAAACAGUGACAGGAGAACUCCAAUAUAAGGGAACUUUUGACUGUUUGUCAAAAACAUUACGUGCUGAAGGUUUUAAAGCUUUUUAUAAAGGUUUCAAUCCAUACUUUAUGAGACUGGGUCCACAAACAAUUUUAACUUUUAUUUUUGUUGAACAAUUAAAUAUAUUAUGGAAAAAAUCUCAAUCUUACUUUAAAUAA